GGAAACGAACAAUGUGAGCCUUGUACCAAUGGCCAGGUCCCUAACUCUGACAGGACUGGUUGCGAGUGUGCACCUGGCUACACUGGACCUUCGUGUGGCGGUAAGAGCUACACCAUUUCCUAAAUAUCAAUGUGCUGAAAACUUCUUCAUGACAUCGGGAGGUGCGUGUGAUCCGUGUCCAGCAGGAAGUACUCGAGAAGUUGGAGACGACAUGAUGUUCUGUACCUGCACCGGGAACCUUGUCAAUGACGAAUUGAGUCCUACCACCACCACCACCACCUGCUCAAUGUGUGCAACUGGUUACUACAGAGAAUCUUUCAAAAGCCCAACUGAACCUUGCAACUUGUGCAACACUAGUUAUUUCAGGGUAGGGGGGGAGUGUCAGCCUUGUCCAGGAGGCAGUAGUAGAAACAUUGAUGAUCCUGAGGGUUCCUGUACCUGUAACUCAGCUCUGGUCACCAGUGAUGGGAGUAUGACCACCUCCGAUAGUCCUUGUAACAACUGUCCAAAGGACAUGUUACUACACGAAGGAGACUGUGUCAUGUGUCCUGACUUCAGUGGCAGAGAGCUCUCCAGUCCUCCAGGUGUCUGUGAGUGUGAGACUAACGCAGCGACUCCUGUGAACGGUGCCACUUCCACCAGUGACCCAGACAGAGGCUGUACAGGUCUGUAUGCAUUACGUAUGUGUGUACAUUCUGUGAUUUGAUAAGCGCCAUGAUAUACACAAUCUUGUUGUGUGAGAUGCAACUGUAUGGGUAUGAUAGACCAUGCAAAUUGUGUUCAACAUGUUGCGUGCCCCCAGACAUUUGAAGUGGAAUGUGUUUAAGUCUCACACGCCAGAGUUGAAUCAUGUAGGCCAUAGCUUAAAAGCUGCUGUAUUGGUUAUCUCAUCUAUUAUAUGUAAAUAUCUCUUCCAGCUUGUAUCGAUGGAUUCUCUAGACCUUCCGCUGGAGAUUCUUGCCAAGAUUUGUAUACUUUGUGGCACUGUGGUGGGUACCCCUGGGUGCAUGAAUACCUCAGUGAAUUUGCCUCCUACUGACUGGGCCACUGAAAGUCUGUUUCUUAGUAACUUCACAACCAAGCACAUCGAGAGUAAAGAGUGAAGGGAGCGUUUUUUCACACACAUGUUCUAAGAAUGUACGUUUGUAUGCUUGGCUUUGGCCUCGUUCUUGUCACACAUAAUGUCAGCAUGCAUAGCUACGUUUUGACACUAGCAGAAUGAUGUAAUCCAUUUUGCGUUUUGACUCUGCAUGAGAAAAUGUAGGUUCUUACUUCAUAUAAAUCGUGGAUAAUGAAAUACGGGAAGUGGAUAGGGCUAGUGGUUAGACUAGACCAUGAAAUACGAAAGACGUGCUCUAGUGAGGUAAACUGUGAUUUACAUAAUUAUACGAAGGAAUGACUGCAAUAUUAUAGUAAUGUUCUGGCUGCUGCCUUGUCUGGGUGAUAUGUUCAGCAGAAUGACCCGUUCCGGUCAUAAUUAGCCAGAUCAGGCGGCUCACUGACCCUGUCAAUUAGCAUGUGUAACAUGGAGGCAUGCCCGAAGUGACUUACAUACACUCGUACUCUACGUAAUAGUUGGGUGGCUGAAUUUACUAGUGCAACUUUUACAUUUUACUCUGCCAGAACAGC